UUACUACUGUAAUAUUUUAUAUAAUAUACCCGUAUUAUUCUCAUUGUAAUAAUUCAAUAACGUCAUUAACAUUGAAGUUAUCUAGACCCUAAAUUAAAGAGCCCGCAUAUUUAAUUGUGUUUUUUUCUACAACUAGGGGUAAUAUAUUGACAAUUGUACGUAAAAACGUUUCACAUAAGGCCUAUAUAUACAUAAGUAUAUAGACUUAUAGCUAUUAGUUUAGCAAAAUGUAUAUUUUAAAUGUGUUCGUGUUUUCCUUUUUAACUCACGUGGUAAGCAUUUCUAGCAAAAACCUUUUAGGUGAUGGCGUCACCAAUGUUUUAGGUUUUUAUACCGGUUUGAGGAAGCUGUGUUUAUGUCGGUGUGGUAUUACAAAAAAUUAUGCAAAUCAUUCAAAAAGUGGCCGAUCGUUUAGUAAUGAUAUUUAUACUGGUUACGGAAUGCCGUGGUUGGCGACUAUUCACACAGGAACUACUACUAUACGAGGGACUCUAAUAUCUGAUAAACACGUAAUCACUGCAGCUAAUCCACUUUUCAGAAAAUCGGCAUCAGAAAUAGUAGUAACAUUAGGGUCACAGACGUGUAAGGAAGGAAGUCACGCACUGAAUACGAGUGUAGAAGCAAUUUUAAUACAUCCUAGUUAUUCUGGUAGUGUAAGAAAUAAUGAUAUAGCGCUUUUGAGAUUGAGGAAUCCAAUUAAGUUUAGUUCAUUCAUUUCUCCCAUUUGUAUGCCACUUUAUGAUAUUGGAAAAUUGGACCAACUAGCAUGGACUGCAUCCAAGAUAAAGAAUAAAUCUGAUUUAUGUUUAACUCGGGUUGUUACCUUACCAAUAUUGUCUUCACGAACUUGUAAGGGUAAUACGUUAUUCAAUUCUUCUGUUACUUUAUCUGAUAAAGGCUGUCUUGGACCUUUGGGCACGAAGAGUAUUUUAUGUGAAAAUGACAUUGGUGGACCGGUAAUGACGCGUUGGGCGCCGACUUCUCCAUUUCGAUUGGCUGGGAUCAUUACAAACACCUCGUGUGAGGAGGAAGCGUCUCCACAAUUUACUAGGACUGUGGAUAAUAUGCUAUGGAUACAUGAGAAUAUUCGUGACAACUGUCAAUGUUUUUGAGUACCUAUUUAAAGAAUCAGGUGCAUAAAGGAGAUGUUAUAAAGAUUAAAAAAUAAAUUAUAAAAUAU